CACGGGGAUCUCUUUAUUUCUCAUCUCUCUUUUGUCUCUCAUCUCUCUCAUUCUCAUCGCGCAUCGCUCGGUUCUCUCUUCUCUCUCUCAUUUCCCUCUAUUACCUCUCCUCUAUCCCCUCCCAAUCCACCUUAAUGCCUAGGAACCCCCGUUGUAUCGAACCCAGCCUGUGUAUCUGACGUGUUUCCCGCUCCACCUACUCACUCCUCAUUCGGUACAUAAACUUGUCCUUGGCUUCGGGAGGAUAAUUCCGAGAAGCGGGUUAAGAUUUUUGGCCCUUCUCCGGGAAACAAAUAAAUCCUUUGGCCGCGCAAGAUUGGCCCACCGCCUCGCGGCUCCUCCCUCCAACGAAUAUAGCUACAGUUACCACACACAACAGCUUCUUAGCUAUUUAAAGAACCUAAAAUUGUAUUUUCUUCUUCUUUCUUUCUCUGUUUCGUUUUGACGAAAAGAAAAGAAGCAAAGACUUUGCAACCCUUCCGUGCGAGUCCGUCCUUGACCACCAACAAAGACCCAGCUACGAAUAUAUCAAAAGACGAAACCCUAGGACGCGAAUAGUUAGAAGACUUCUGUUGACAGGGCACGUCCCCUGCUUCUGCUGCCUUUUUGUGUUUUUGGCGCGGUAUGUCGUUUUCAAUCGCAGAGCUAGAUAAUACGGUUCGGGCCUUCUAUGAAGGGAAGGGUGAUGUUCAAAAACAAGCCGAAUAUGCCUUGACCGAGUUCAAGCAGAAUCCGGAUGCAUGGCUCGUAGUCGCGGACAUCCUUCAGCAAUCCGGAUACGUCUACACGAAAUAUCUUGGUUUACAGGUAUUGGAUGAUCUUAUUUCGACAAGAUGGAAUAUCCUUCCGGUUGUGCAACGCCAAGGCAUCCGAAAUUUCAUCUGCGAAUGCAUCAUCGAACACUCGAAUACGGAGGAGAAACUAAAGAAUGAGAGAGCGUUCCUCAACAAGCUCAAUCUCGUGCUGGUAUCAAUAUUGAAGCAAGAUUGGCCAGAUAACUGGCCGAACUUCAUUAAAGAAAUUACCGAGGCGUCCCCUGCCAAUUUGUCUGUCUGUGAGAAUAACAUGGCCAUCUUCCGACUGCUAUCUGAGGAAGUGUUCGAUUUUUCCCAGGAUCAGAUGAUCUCCGAGAAGGCGAAGCGCCUGAAGACAGCAAUGUGCAAUGAAUUCCCUCUGAUCUUCAACCUCUUCUCCCAAAUUCUGGCCGAUGCGCACCAAAGUAGCCUCAUAAAAGCCACGUUAGAAACAUUGCUUCGAUUCCUGAACUGGAUUCCGCUCGGAUAUGCAUUCGAUCAAAAAAUCAUCAGCAAGCUGCUCGAUAGGUUUUUGAUGGUGCCCGAUUUCAUGAACUUGACGCUCAAGUGUCUAACAGAGAUCGGGAGUGUACAGAUUGGGCAGCAGUACCUGUUUGACGAGACCCUCGUGCAAAUGUUUAUGAACACGAUGAUGAAGGUAUCGGAAAUGAUCCCGUCCCCCAUGGAUCUCAAGCAGACCUACGCUACGAGCGGAUCCCGUGAACAAGAGUUUAUUUUGAAUUUAACCCUUUUCCUUUGCAACUUCUUCAGCGUUCACCUAAAUCUCCUUGAAAAACUUCCCGAUACCAACAUUCUCAUCCGUGCGCAUUUUUACCUUAUCUGUAUUAGCAAGAUAGAAGACAGGGAAAUUUUCAAGAUCUGCCUCGAGUACUGGACAAAACUGGUGCAAGAGUUGUAUGAAGAAAUGCAGCAGCUCCCAAUCACUGACAUCAACCCCUUAGUCAAUAUGGGCGUGAGCGGCCUUUCGAAUGGAGGAGCUCCGAACCCUAGUACCCUGGCCAACUACCCGCUCCGAAAACACAAAUACCAGGAGGUCUUAUCGGAACUGAGAGUAGUAAUGAUAGAGAAGAUGGUGAGGCCCGAGGAAGUUCUAAUCGUGGAAAACGACGAGGGUGAAAUCGUGCGCGAGUUCGUUAAAGAGAGCGAUACCAUUCAACUAUACAAGACCACUAGAGAAUGUUUGGUAUACCUGACCCAUCUCGAUGUGGUGGACACUGAAAACAUUAUGGCGGAUAAACUGGCCAAGCAAGUUGACGGGUCCGAAUGGUCAUGGGCGAACUGCAAUACACUUUGCUGGGCGAUUGGCUCCAUAUCCGGUGCGAUGAACGAGGAGACAGAAAAACGGUUUCUUGUCACCGUUAUUAAAGACCUGCUUGGCUUGACAGAAAUGAAACGGGGCAAGGACAAUAAGGCUGUCGUAGCAAGCAAUAUCAUGUACAUUGUUGGACAGUACCCGCGGUUUUUGAAGGCACAUUGGAAAUUUUUGAAGACGGUGGUGAACAAGUUGUUCGAGUUUAUGCACGAGACGCAUGAAGGUGUCCAGGAUAUGGCGUGCGAUACGUUCAUCAAAAUUGCCAACAAGUGCAAGCGGCAUUUCGUCGCUCUCCAGCCCGGUGAGAGCGAACCGUUCAUUGAAGAAAUCGUCCGAACUAUGCGGAAAAUCACCUGCGACCUCUCCCCGCAACAAAUCCAUACCUUCUAUGAGGCCUGCGGCUAUAUGAUUUCGGCCCAGGGACAGAAGAGCCUACAAGAUCGGCUGAUUGAGAACCUCAUGGCAUUACCGAAUUCGGCCUGGGAUGCGAUAAUUAGCCAAGCCAUGCAGAAUCCAUCCAUUCUGGAAGACCCGGAAACCAUCAAGAUUAUUGGUAACAUUAUGAAGACGAAUGUUGCUGCGUGUUCGUCAAUUGGGAGUUUCUUUGAUUCACAGAUAAGCCGCAUCUAUCAUGAUAUGCUCAAUAUGUAUAGGGCGACCAGUCCGCUUAUAUCUGAUGCUGUUGCUAGAGGAGGAGAAAACGCCACGAAAAUGCCCAAGGUACGGGGUCUACGGACGAUCAAGAAGGAAAUCCUGAAGCUUAUAGGCACCUAUGUGGAAAAGGCGGACAAUUUGGAAAUGGUCAAUACCAAUAUGGUACCCCUGUUGUUAGAUGCCGUCCUUGUGGAUUACAGCAACAAUGUUCCAGAUGCACGGGAAGCUGAGGUCCUUAGCGUUAUGACAACUCUCAUUCACAAACUACAUAACCUGAUGGACGACAAAGUCCCGCUUAUCAUGGAAUGCGUAUUUGCAUGUACGCAAGCCAUGUUGGACGCUGACUCCCACAAAUACCCCGAACACUACGUGGAGCACUUCAAGCUCCUACAGGCCAUCAAUCUAUACUGUUUCCCCUCCCUCAUACGACUAAGUGAAAAUCAAUUCAAGUACGUGAUCGAAUCGAUCGAGAAGGCGAGCAAGCACGAUGACAGAGAAGUGGAAAAUACCGCCUUGACAAUAUUCCUCGAGUUGGUGAAUAAUAUGACCGAAACGGACCCGCAAAUAUCGAGCCAUUUCUUCAAACAAUUUUACAUGCCUAUUCUUCAAAAUGUCUUUGCCGUUCUUACGGAUAGUAGUCAUAAAGCUGGGUUCAAAAACCAAGCCAUGCUUCUCUCCCGCAUGCUUUACCUUGUCAAAAUUGACAAGAUCCCUGGGCGCAUACUACCAGCAGACGAGGCGGACCGGAGUUCUAAUAGGGAACUCCUCACGGCGUAUUUGAAGAAGAAUCUUACUUUCCUGAAUCUGAAUCAAGCCCAAAUCGAUAAAUUCGUCGAUGGCCUCUUCGAUUUUAACGAUGAUUUCAACAAAUUCAAAACCCACCUCCGCGACUUCUUAAUCUCGCUAAAAGAAUUUGCCGGCGACAAUGCCGAGUUGUAUGCCGAAGAGCGCGAGCAGGCGCUGCGAGACGCUAAAAUGGCAGAGAGGGACCGGCAGAUGAAAGUUGGUGGGCUAUUGAAACCGGCUGAGAUGGAUCAGGAAGAAGAGCUGUGACUCGAAGAGGAGCUUCGGGCUGAAGUUGCUAGGGGUGUUCAGGUGGAGUCUAGAGCGCUGCCGCCGCCGUCGCCGCCGUCGUCAUCUGUUUUCUCCUCGCACCACCAGCCAGUGGAGACAGAUCGUGAUAAUGAGGAUGGGUUAGAUGGCUGGUCUCUAUACCAUUGUUAACCUCUUUUUUUUCUUUUUUCUUUUUUCUUUUUCUUUUUCUUUUUCUUUCUUCUUCCCUAAUAUAAUAUCAGAUAACAUCAGAGAAAUCAGAAAAGUCGGAAACUUUAGGUUCUCGCGAUCAUCUUAGUGAUUGAUUGGUAUUUCUUUCUUUUCUUUCUUUUUUUUUACCUUAUUUUUUU